AAUAUUUGCAGCCAAUGCAUACUAGCCCGUGCCAUAGUUUUUGCGUGUUUAAUUUGUUUUAUAGUGAAACUAACGUUGCCUUGGACACCCUUGUGCUUGAUAUAAAAGAACUAAGAUUUAGAUGCAAAGUAUCAGUUUCCAACUGCAUUUUGUGAUAACAACACAAAAACAAAUCAAUCCAAAAAUCAAAAUGUUCUCAAAGAUCAUCUGCCUCGCGGCUCUCGCCGCGCUCGCCGCCGCUCAGUAUGGCCACGGCGGCCACGGGCACGCGUUCUCGUCCCAGCACAUCUACCGCCACGACGGGCCCGCGCACGUGGUGCACUACGGCCACGACGGCCACGACGGCCACUACGGCUACAACGGCCAAGACGGCUACGCACAUGGCCACGGUGACCACCAUGACUACUAUGCGCACCCCAAGUACGAGUUCGAGUACAAGGUGUCGGACCCGCACACCGGCGACCACAAGUCGCAGCAUGAGAGCCGCGACGGCGACGUGGUGAAGGGCUCCUACAGCCUGCACCAGCCCGACGGCUCCGAGCGACAUGUCGAGUACCACGGCGACAAACACACCGGUUUCCAUGCUGACGUGAAGUUCAGCACCCACCACGAGGUGCCCAAGCAUCACUACUGAUUAGUUUGAAAACAAAUUACACUGUACCACAGCAUUGCAUCUCAUAAUUGUAAUACUGUGACUGUACUGUUUUGUUACCAGUUACCUUUGACUACCUAUGUUUAUUGUUAUUUUUGAUACCUUAUUGAGAUUUUGUGAUAUUUUUAUACUUAUAAAUAAAACCAUUAAUAACUAUUA